UGUGCCAGGGGCCGCCCCCCUCCUGGUCUCAAGGUCUCGUCCUAUCGCCCGACCUGUUCUGGUUCAGCAGGAUCCCAGGCCCCUGGAGAAGCAGGGGCCUCCAGCCCCCGGCACUGCCAGGGCCCCCCCAGUGAGGCCAGGCCCUCCAGCACCCACCGGCUGAGCCCCCGCUUUCAUGGCCAGCCCUGGGGAGCCCAGGGCUGGGGGGGCCCAGGAGGACGAGGGGGAGGAGGACGGGGGCUCCCCGGGGCCACGGGCGGCCGUGCUGGCUCAGGCCCAGGAGCUGUUCCUGCUGUGUGACAAGGAGGCCAAGGGUUUCAUCACCCGGCAUGACCUGCAGGGCUUGCAGAGUGACCUGCUCCUCACGCCGGAGCAGCUGGAGGCUGUGUUCGAGAGUCUGGACCAGGCACACACGGGUUUCCUCACUGCCCGAGAGUUCUGCCUCGGCCUGGGGAAGUUUGUGGGGGUGGAGUCGGCCCAGGGCGCACUGCCCUCUCUGGCUUCUGAGGAAACCUUUGAGUCGGGCUGGUCAGAGGUGCAAGGCACCGGGGGCUCCCUGGAGGAGGAGGAGGAGGAGAGAUUCUUCUCUGCACUGGAGCAGCUCGGGGUGGCCCGGGUCCUGAGCGAGCAGCGGGCGGCGCGGACGCUCUGGACCCGGCUGCAGCAUGAGCGGCCGGAGCUGCUGGGGUACUUCGAGGACGUUCUGAUUCGAGCGUCCGCCUGCCUGGAGGAGGCUGCCCGAGAGCGAGACGGCCUGGAGCAGGCGCUGCGGCGGCGCGAGAGCGAGCACGAGAGGGAGGUGCGGUGUCUGUACGAGGAGACUGAGCAGCAGCUCCGCCAGCAGCGCCAGCGCCUGCGGAGUCAGGACCUGCCCCGGGAGGAGCGGAGAGGCCGCCUCGAGCUGGACCUGCAGAGCCGCGAGCAGGAGCUGGAGCGCGCGGGCCUGCGGCAGCGGGAGCUGGAGCAACAGCUACAGACCCGGGCCGCGGAGCAGCUGGAGGCGCAGGCGCAGAACGCCCAGCUGUGGCUGGCCAACGAGGCGCUGCGGGCGCAGCUCGAGGCAGCUCAGCAGCAGCUCCGCCGCCUGGAGGGAGACGCGCAGAGCCGCCAGGAGCAAGCCCUACGAGAGGUGGUUGCGGUCUCGAGGAACAUGCAGAAAGAGAAGGUCAGCCUCCUGCGGCAGCUGGAGCUCCUCAGGGAGCUGAACACGCGGCUGCGAGACGAGAGGGAUGCCUGUGAGACCAAGCAGCUGGGCAGUGGCCGCAGGAAGGCUCUGGCCGCCGCCUGCCUGCCGGGGCCUGCCUGCUGCUGCUGCUGCUGCUGUAGCAACUGGACCCGACCCCCCAGACGUGGCUCAGGCCACCUUCCCAGUGCCCGAUGACCAGCCCCCAUGUGACUCUCAGUGGGCGUUAACCUGGAAAAGCCGACCCUUGGAAGUGACUCAUGGUGGCUGGAGCUGCCCAUCCGGGAUGUGGGCUCUCCCCCUGGGGAUGUCCAGCCUGCCUGGCUACAGACAUGGAGGAACUAACCCAGGGUGGUCAGGGUUCCGUGUGCCACCUUUCUGGUCCUCAUCUUGUCCCCAUGCUGUCAAACCCAUCUCUGUCCAGCAGAAGCCAUCCCCUCCUUCAAAUAAACUCCACCGACUGCA